CCAGUUCGGUAUUUUAUAAAGAUGAAGCGGAUCUGUUUAAUCUUAUUAGCCGCUAGCAUCCUGUUCACAACAGUCAACUCUUUGCCAUCGUACCACCGAUUCCAUUUACGAAUCGUUGGCGGUGAAGAUGCCGUAGCAGGACAGUUUCCCUAUCAAGCAUCAAUUCGACUGCUGGACAAUUUUCACCGUUGCGGCGGAUCGAUAUUGAACUCAAGAUUCAUCUUAACUGCGGCUCAUUGUACCGACGGCGAAAUGCUUGUGCCAUCAAAUCUCAUUGCUGUGGUCGGAGCUUUAUACCCACUGGAAGGCGGAUAUUCAAUGAAUGUUGAUAGAGUUGUACAGCAUCCCGAAUGGGAUAUCACGGUAGUAGCCAAUGAUAUUGCGAUGCUUCGCACUGCCGAAACAAUUGUGUACUCAGAUACUGUUCAACCAAUCGCCUUGCCUACACAUAACAUUGUAAUUGGGGCUAAAGUGGUAAUGAGUGGCUGGGGAAUGACAUCGGUCGAUGGUGAUGUGCCGAAUAUUCUUCAAUUCACCGAAUCAACGACUAUCAGCAACGAGCAAUGCAUUCAAAGAUUACGAGGAACGAUGUUUGAGAACAUCAUUAGUGACAGUAUUGUGUGCACAACCAAUAGAAAAAAUGUUGGCGUAUGCGCUGCUGACUCAGGCGGUCCUUUGGUUGAAGUAACUCGUGCCGGUCACAAGUCAUUGGCUGGUGUUAUUUCAUUCGGCAUUCCGUGUGCAAUGAACUAUCCCGAUGGUUUCACACGAGUGAGCUACUAUCUGGACUGGAUUCAUAAAACAAUGGAAGAAUUUCGAUGGAUCGCUGGUGAUUCGGAAUGAACAGGAG